GCGGAAGAGCGAUCACUUCGAGAAGUAAAUAUAAACUUACUUUCACGACUUCAUGUCGCUCAAAAAGCUAUUUGGAAGGAUAUGAACUCUAUAAGGGCAAACCGCCAAUCUUUUGUCGUCGAUCAGCCAUCGAAAAAGUCAGUUUUUCAAGGUUUUGGCCCCAACAGAUCGCCAGUAAUUUUGCACAGUCGAAGGAAGGCAUUUUCGGAACUAUCGACCAAAAUAACACCUAGAAAGAAAAGUGAGAAAGGCAGUGCACAAAAUCGAUUAUUGGCCGAUGGAAAUAAAUGCUUGAACUCAAUUCUAAGGACUCCGAAGUCAGAAACUAAACGCCAGAUCCAGAGAGGUGAAGGUCGGCACCAUGUUACAUUCCAACAAUCAACUCCAACCUCUGGUGUGAAAAAAUUAGAGCAAUCUUUGCUUGGCUAUGACUGGAUUGCAGGCAUGCUUGACAAUGAUUCCUUCAUAUCACAAAAAGAUGACAGCUUUUUCAACGAACUGAAAGAAUUUCGAAGAGUAAACAGAAGCGAAUGUACUGGAUCUUCUAUUCUACAAAACGAAACAAAUUCACCUCAAUUUAAAUAUACACCACAAGGAUUUCAAGAGGGAAAUUACAACAAGUGUUCCGAUGCUUAUGUCCUCGACGAUCGAUUGUUUGCAGUUCCAAUUCAUGGCACAAAUUCAUACUGCUCUUUGUGCAAAACAAGAAAACCGGCAGAAUAUGAGAAUCAGGAUAGUUACGUCAGGAUAAGUGUUCCAAGAUCAACACUUCAGUCACCUCACAGAAUCAAACCUCAUCGCAGAAAGAGCUUUGAUCCUACAGACACAGUUUCACUCUCGAAGCAUUGUCUGCUUGGAUGGCAGUCUUCAAAACCAUCAGUAAUCCCCUCUCAGUCAGCGAUGGAUCUCAGAGCACACACGGGAAUCUCAAAAUUGAAUUCUUUAAACUGGUCCAAUUCAUCAUUAAAGACUUCGGAACCACUUCGUACUCAUUCGGACUUACUUCACGAUCACCCGUAUGAAACCGCCCGUCGGAAGCCGAUAUCACAAAUAUAGACAAGAAUUAAAAUAUAUUUUUAAAUCCAGUAAAUCUAUGAAAAUAAUACCUCUCUUUCUUUUUUUAUUUACAUUAAACC